AUGCGCUUCGAGCGCCGCCAUAUUGCGUUGCCGCCUGGACCCUCCUUGUUGCGCGUGGCCGUCUUUACGAAACACAACACAUUGCUGUCGAUCGAGACAUCGGACGCGACCGCACCAUCGUUACGCCGUUCGAGCGAGCGCUUGUCGACUUCGUGCAGGAGGAAAAAUCAUAUGUUCUCGGGCUUGCCGUACUACACGAUGUUCUAUGCCGUUCGCGGCGCCAAGCACACAUUCGUGAGCGUCAAGACCGCCUCCUAA